GGCGGAAGUUCUAACAAGUGAUAUAUUUCAAAUCAUACAUUUACAGACUUACUCUACGAAAUAAAGUGCUUGCCCCACUGAAAAUAGAUGCAUCAUAAUUCAUCGUAAAAGUUUGCCCCACCUACACGCAACAGUUUGGAUUAAAUAAAUACAACAGACCUUCGUUGCCGUAUUAAUUAAACAUUACCUGGUUAAGGGCAGUGUUUUGCCACACGCUCUCUGAUUUCAGCUGGAUAAUGAGGCUACAUUAUGACAGAAAUGAGGAAUUCACUGAUUGUUUGUUUUAUCGGAUGUUUAACCUUAGUGUGUGCUCACUACCCAUCUGUAGGAUAUCAGAGGCCGCAUCACCAUAGUAUAUUCUAUCCUAGGCCUUCUUUGUAUCCUAGUCUAUAUUUUCGCCGUCCAUUGUUUAAUAUUUAUCCUAGAUUUUAUCCACGUGUAGGUAUUCCUCAUUCGCCUCGUAGAAUGUUUCAUCCAACUCCAAAAGUACAUGCCAGUUGUGCUACUGAACAAAAUUUUGGAGGUCGGACUGCCGUACCAACUAAAGCAGCUAAAGCAUCGUCUUAUGAUAGAAAAAAUACACAGAUAGAGCCUGUGCAACCGUCGGCGUUUGAAAACGUAUAUCCAGCAGUAGAAUCGCAACCUGUUAACCUUGUGCAAGAUGUUGCUCAUACUGCUCCAGCAACACCGUUUAUUCUGAACAGCAAACCCUCUCUGGCUCCAGAAGUAAAACCUAGCCAUGAUAAACAUUCAGGAUCAGAAUCUGGACACCUGUUUGGAGUCAAACCAACCCUCAGGCUUGAGAGGACAAACAGUUCUAACGAUACAUCUAGUGAUCCUAGAAAUCCAGACUGGAAUUAUUUUGACUUCAUAACCAACAAAGACUUUAUAUUAAAACUGAUAGAAAAUAAGCUGAUCAAGCUGCAAAACAAGGAGAAAGUGGUGGGUGGUAUAUCUGUAAAUACUCAGCUGUACGAUCAGAUCAAGAGGAUCGAGGACGCUAUGGGUAUCACUGUGGCCCUGGACAAUGUCACAACCACUGUCCCACCAGUGUCGACCAAUACUCCAGCUGACAACCGAGAAGGACAGUACACGGCUUUAUCGACUUUUAUGGGGAACUUUUUCUGUGCAUGGUGUAAAUCUCACAGUGGAAGACGAAAAAGCACCUGCCUUAAGUUUUGUUUCAAUGACAUCAUCCAGAAAAACGGGCGUGGCGAGGAGACAGACUCGACAAGUUCCUAGCAAACGUACAGCUGAAUAGGACGUAUUUCUCUGACAGCUCCUGCCUAUAGGACUUAUAAAUUAGCAAGGAUCUCAUGAACUCGUCUCACACAGACUUCAUCUAAAUGAAGAAACAAUCUCUGUGCUUGCAGGUUCUUCUGAAGAAUUCCAAUACAUACACUAUUCUGUGAUUUAGAUUGUAGCUCACUGUGGGUUUGUCCUGUUAUGCAUUUUUUGUAAAUUAUAUGUGAUAUCAUUUCCCCGAAAUAAAUUAUUUAUUGUGCGGUUAA